GCCUUCAUCAUGUUGUUACAAGCGUGUGUUUUAAUUUUCUGUAUUGUGAGCAUCAAUGCCAUGACCGCGGAUAACGAAGACGCUUUUGAUUGUCCAGCAAACGAAAGAUACGUCGAAUGUGAGUUGGCAGUUUGUGAGAAAUAUUGUACGGACCUCGGAACUCCUCUAGGAUGCCCUGGAUUAGCCCCAGGCUGUUACAUGCCCGCCUGUGUGUGCAAAGAUUACUGGUUGAGAAACAAAGAUGGGAUCUGUGUGCCUUAUCAAGAUUGUGACAAGGCAAUGCGAAUCGACAAUCAACGAGGUGCAAUAUUAUUUUAGUAAAUGUAUAAUUACGUUAAACGUUUAAAAAAUAUUGUUAUAAUUAUUAAACGAAUAAUUAAAAGCUACGUAUGUUCA